UCUGAACCUUCUCUUCACCAAAGAUGACCGUGGAACUGACGGAAGAUCAGCUGAUGCUGACUGCACGGUAAUUUAUUUCACUUUCACAGCUGCAGGAAGAAGUUGUGCAACCCGUGACGGGAAUACGGAGUAACCCAUACGCAUGAGGUGAAUAUAUGUAUUUCACAUAUUUCGUCAUUUGAAGAUUCCAGCUUUCAGGUUGACUCACAGCAAGGUGAAGAUACGAAAACCAUUUAGUAAAGAGAAACCAUUCAGACAUGAAGGUCCUGAACCGAGAGGAGCUGCAGGUGGCUGAAGGAGUCCUGCUCCAACAUUUACCAAAGAGCUACAAGGUGUAUGGCUUCCUGUACGGUAUAAACAGGAACAAACCCGCCACUGUGGAGGUGAUGGUCGACUCUUGGCCUGAUUUUAAAGUGAUCAUAUGUCGACCACACCCCAAACUUGCUAUGGAGUUCAUGAAAAAGGUGACAUGCUUCAGCACAGAUGAGCAGGCUUUCAGGAAAGUCCUGACAGAAGAAAAUGCAAUCGACUGGAGCACUUACUUUGUAAUUGGAGGACUUGACAAUUCCCUCACUCCCCUGUUCAAAGAGGUUUCCAGUGACCGGGAAGUCAACAACAGGUAUUACACCUUGGUGCGUCUCUUGUAUUUACCUGAAGUCAGCUGUCUGCAGUCACCAGCCACUGACAGUGAGCUUGAAUCGAGGAUCUCAUCACUCAAACCUUUCCACGCAUCGCUGGUGAACCAAACUUGGAAAUUUGGAGGGAACCAGCAAGGUUAUAACAAUAUCAGACAUCUAAUCAGCAACUUCCCUUCAUGCUGCAUCAUGGACGAACACGGCCAGCCAGUGUCCUGGAUUCUGGUGUACCAUUACGGUGCUUUGGGGAUAUUGUACACGCUGCCAGAGCACAGAGGAAAAGGUUAUGCUAAAGUGUUGAUCAGCACCAUGGCCAAGAAACUGCUUGCUGAGAGCCACCCGGUUUAUUGCUUCAUCGAGGAGGACAACUCAUUGUCCUACAAGCUCUUUAAAAACUUGGGCUUCAUUGAAGAUCCUUCCUACAGGGCAGUGUGGCUUGAGUUCAAUUUUUGAGCAUCUUUUAAAUACACAGCGAAGAUUUGAUUUACCAAACAACCUUUUUUUAUCAUGUUUUAUCAUGCUUUUUAUCAUUUCAUGUAUUUCAUAAUCUUAAAAGCUUAAGAGUGUUAUUCGCCUUGCUUUUAUUCGAUUUUGUAUUUCCGUGUAAAUCCAUGUGAAUAACCUUGUGUUUGAAUGAUG